GCGGCGCAGGCCUCGCGGCCGCAGUGGACGGCUUAGCGCUGAUGCGGGCGACGCCAACGGCGGCGACGGCGGCGACGCGGCUACCCGCACGCUGCGAGGGGCGGGCCCCAGGCGCGGCUACCCGCACGCCGCAGGGCGGGCCCCUGCGGGGUGCGGCGGUUGGCGGCGACGGCGCAGGAGGCGCGGGCUCCGGCAUUGACGUGGACCUGCUGGCUGGCGGCCUCCCCCUGCGCGACUCGGCGCCCGCGCUUGCGGAGCUGUCGCCGCCAUACCUUCGUCUGCCUCCGAUCUCGACGUUCGCUGACGAGCUCCGCGUCAAGGCCCCCUCGGGGCCUGCUGCUGUUGCUGCCGCGGGCGUGGUGGCGUCGGUGGGCGGGGUGAUCGCGGCCUCGGCGGUCAAGAUCGGGCCGCACGGCGACCUCUGGGAGCUCGAC